AUGAUUAUAUCUGCUGAUGUUCGAACUGUUUUUGAUGAUGCUGAACCUUCGAGACAAUUUAUUGUGCCACAAGGUGAAAAUGAACAAAUUGUUCAUGUUGCCAAUCUUCAUUUGUAAGUUUAAUUUUUCAAAAUUUCUCCAUUAUUAUUUUUCUUUUUUUUUUAGCAAAAUCGAACGAACCACCGAAGAUAGUAUAAAAAUAAUGCGCAGAAAUUCAGACAAGAAUUUGCGAAUCAAAAUGAAAAUAAAAGUUAGUGGAAAUAAUGGAAAUGUUUAUGCAAAUCGUCAACAAAUAUUUGGAAUCGCUUCAAGAUUUAUCGAAUUUCGACCAUGGCAUGGAUAUGGAGGGUGUGAAAUUAAUGGAAAAUGGAAACAUUGGGAAAAUUUGAAUGUUUCAAUUGAAAUCAUCAAUUGGCAGAAUUUUGUAUGCAAUAAUCAAUAUGAAACUGCUCAAGAACCUUUACUUUUCGGAUAUCAAACAACAACACCAGAAGGUCAAUCAGCUUCGCUGGAAUCUGAAGAACUUCUCAAAAAACUUGGAAUUUUGAAAAAGGAACCUGUUUCGCUUUAUGGAAAUCAUUCAAAUCUUGACAGAGAUCCUGAAGAUACUCGAACUUUGGAAGAAUAUUAUAAAGAAGAAGUUGGACCAGCUGAUGUUAUUCUUGUUGCAGAAAAUAAAAAGGUUGCGGUGAACAAACAAUAUCUUUCGGAUAUUUCGCCAUUUUUCGAGGUUUUGUUUUCGGGAAAAUUCCGAGAAGGUGGACAACUUGAAAUCGAAUUGAAGGAUGUCAAAUUCGAAGUUUUGGUUGAUGCACUUCGAAUUGUUUAUCCAACAAAAGCAAGAGUCAAUUGUAAGUUUUUAAUUUUCUCCAAAAUAUAUAUGAACUAACCUUAAUCCAAAAUCAUUCAAAUCAAUGAAAACCAAAUUUCAGAUAGUAAUUAUGGAGAAAUGGUCGAAUUCGCUGAUCGAUUUGAUAUUGAUUAUUUGACUAAACAAUGUCACCGAUUCUUGAAUUCUGUUUGUCUUGUUGGUCGAUUUGUUCUUGCUGAUAGAUAUAAUUAUGAUGAACUUAGAGUAAGUCGAAAACCCUUCUAAUACAUCCUUAUAAAUCAAAUAUUUCCAGCGUCACUUGGUUCAUCAACUUCAAUCUUAUCAAGGUGCCACACUUCUUCGUCUUGAAUUACGUCGUCAAUUAGUUUGUGCGAUUGCACAAAGUGAUAUUUAUAUUCGAAUGAGAGACAUGUUGCAAGUUAUUAAUUGUUAUCAAAGGGAAUUCGAGCGCAAACGUCGUUCAUUUUUUGAUGUUCCGAGAAUGGCGUGCAAUUUUUUGGCACCAGAUGUGCAAUAUUUCGAAUUCAAUGAUGAUCAAUAA